ACCUCUAAGAUCCGUCCCACCUCAAACCGGAAGUGCUUCCGGCUCCGGCUCCGCCCUCGCCCAGCCCAGUAGCCUUUGCCCUGGUUGGGGCGGGACUUCCUGUCUCGUGUGUCCAAGGGCUUCCAAAGUGAGUUAUCUUCGCUCUUCUCCCACGGCGCCUCCCGGAGACCUUGGGGCCCUGAGCGCCCAAGCUGUCCGGCAGGUUCUGAGGAGACCAUGGAGGUGCGGCCGCCGGCUCCACGGAGCUUGCUCUGCAGGGCGCUGAAUCCUUUCCCUCGGGUCUUUGCUGCUGGAGCUGUGGCCACCGAUUCCAAGGGUCUUGCGGAGGACCUUAAGCUGCCUUCCUGCGUCCCGGAAGCCCGAUACCCGGAAUCCGGAUGGGACCGACUCCGGGAGCUGUUUGUCAAAGAUGAACAGCAGAGAACUUCAAAAGAACUUCAGGAUAUAUACAAGGCAGCAAUUUCAGCAGGCAUCAUUGGCUGGGCAUAUGGGGGGAUACCAGCUUUUAUUCAUGCUAAACAGCACUACAUUGAGCAGAGCCAAGCAGAAGUGUACCAUAACCAGUUUGAUGCUGUGCACUCUGCACAUCGUGCUGCCACGAGAGGCUUCAUCCGAUAUGGCUGGCGCUGGAGUUGGAGAACAACCCUGUUUGUGACUAUAUUCAACACAGUGAAUACUGGUCUAAAUGUGUACCGAAAUAAAAAUGCCCUGAGCCAUUUUGUCAUUGCAGGAGCUGUCACAGGAAGUCUUUUUAGAAUAAACUUAGGCCUACAUGGCCUGGUAGCUGGUGGCCUAAUUGGAGCCUUGCUAGGCACUCCUAUAGGAAGCCUGUUGAUGGCAAUUCAGAAGUACUGUGGUGAGACGGUUCAGGAAAGAAAAGCGAAGGAUCGAAAAGCACUCCAGGAGCUGAAAUUGGAAGAGCGGAAAGCCAGACUACAAUUUACUGAGCUCCUCCCUGAAGAAAUUGAAAGCAGUUUACAGAAAAAUCAAUCCAAGGAUGAUGCUAUGAAAAUUGAAACACUGCUGAAUCUUCCUAGAAACCCUUCAUCAACAAAUAAACAAGACUAGGAUUGAAAAUGCUCUGGACUCACUGGAGAGUUGAAGGGAGCUAUGUGUUACCAUGUCCAUUGAAUGGUGGUUGGUUGGGCUGCUGACAAAUGUAAGCACUGGCAUCUGUAGUGGCAGUGACUUAUCUUUUAAAAAAAACAAGCAAGAAUUGGGCUAUUCUUAGUUUACUCAUCCAUAAAUUUAAACACAUACGUGUAUCUAUAUUGAUUGAUCAAUUUAAAUUUCUUUUCCCUCAAUACUACAACAGUAAAUUUAGAAUUUCCCUAGAGAUUAAAAUUGAAUUCUACAGAUUAAAAAUUGACAUUUGUAGGUUACUGUAGGGAUCACUAGGAAGAGGGGAGAAAAGAACUAGGUAAGGAGUUCCUGUCGUGGCGCAGAGGUUAACGAAUCCGACUAGGAACCAUGAGGUUGCGGGUUCGGUCCCUGCCCUUGCUCAGUGGGUUAGGGAUCCGGCGUUGCCGUGAGCUGUGGUGUAGGUUGCAGACGCGGCUCGGAUCCUGCGUUGCUGUGGCUCUGGCGUAGGCUGGCGGCUACAGCUCCGAUUCGACCCCUAGCCGGGGAACCUCCAUAUGCCUCGGGAGCAGCCCAAAGAAAUAGCAAAAAGCCAAAAAGCCAAAAAAAAAAAAAAAAAAAGAAAAGAACUAGGUAAGGCAAAUGGUCUCUGAAGCCCUGGGUUCCUGGAAACAGUAAGUGCCAGACGUGUAGUAGUGCUUGGUUUUUUUGUUUUGUUUUCUUUUAGGGCCUCACCUGCAGCAUAUGGAAGUUCCCAGGCUAGGUGUCAAAUCGGAACUACAGUUGCUGCCACAGCGUCAGCCACAGCAAUGCCAGGUCUGAGCCAUAUCUUCGACCUACACUGCAGCUUGGGGCCAGGGAUUGAACCUGUAUCCUCGCUGACGCUAUGUUGGGCUCUUAACCUGUUGAGUCACAAUGGCAACUCCUGGUUUUGUUUCAGUAAAAAUCAAAGAUGGUUCCCAUGCCAUUUGAAAUAAAACUUAAAAAAGGAAGUGGCUAGGCCAGACCUUAUUUCCUCUCUCAGUAUUGCUGACAAAGUAUCUCUGCUGUAUAUGCAAGAGUUACUCAGAUUAAUAGAUACUUAGUCUCUGCACUCCAGGAGCUUGCUGCCUGAGAAGGAAAAGGAAGUUGCCCUGCAGAUUGUAACUUUUACUAAAUGAGGGGGUGGGGGGGGAUGACUGAGUCAAGUGUACUGAGGGGUAAAAACUGCUUGUGCUUUGUUUGGGGGUUAAACUUAGUGAAAAUGCUGUUGCCCACAUGAGCAGCGUUUGAGGUUCCCAUAUGGUGCAGCAGGUUUGGGAUCCGUUAUUGCCGCAGCUAUAGUACAGGCCACAACAUCCGCACAGGUUUGAUCCCUGGCCUGGGAACUUCCACAUGUUGAAGGUGCAGCCAAAAGAAAAAAAAGUCUUUCACAUGAUCAGUAUUUGUGAAGCAGCCUAGAGUGUUGGCUAGAACUGGGGGCUCUGGAGGCAGGGCACUGGCUUGCAGUCUUAGCCCUGUGUCUUUGCAUCCAUGUGACCUACAGCACAGCCAUUUUACUUUAAGUCUGGAGUUUUCUGUCAAAUGAAACAGUAUCUACCCCAGAAUGGGUAGUAAAUGUGUAGAGCAUAACACAAUGCUGUGGCACACAGGACAUUAUCUAAUUGCAGAUAUUAGCAGUUAAAAUUGUAUGAGAACCUGGAGUUCCCUUUGUGGCUUGGUGGUUACAAAUCCAACUAGUAUCCAUGAGGAUGCGGGUUUGAUCCCUGGCCUUGCUCAGUGGAUUAAGGAUCUGCUGUGUAGGUUGCAGAUAUAGCUCGGAUCUGGUGUCGCUGUGGCUGUGGCAUAGGCCAGCAGCUGCAGCUCCAGUUCAACACCUAGCCUGGGAACUUGCAUAUGCUACAGAUGCAGUCCUAAAAAGAAAAAAAAGGGGGGAGAGAUAUGAGAACAUCUGCACCAAUGUAUUUUCACCACGAUUUACAUAUUCUUGCCACACUCCAAAAAGCAUGUUUUUCUUAAUCAUCCCAUUCAUAAAUUGUAACAAAUUGGCAGUUAGUCGGUUUAUUUUAUUCAUACCCCCAUACAGGUUAAAUCUUUAAACUAGAAAUUAUAAAUUAUCAGAUGGUUGGUUUUAAAAUAAUUUUAUUCAUAUCACAAAAAUAUCAAAAUAAUAGAAGUAAAAUAAUUUUGAAAGUAGUACUAAUACAUUUAUUAAAUGUAAUAAGUAAUAAUUUACUAUAAUUUAUUGUUUAAAGUACAAAUAAGCUGUCUCUUGGGUUUGUCUCUUGUUUUGUGGUUAAUUACUUCUUAAGGUCUCCUUUUGAUCAUGUCCGAGGAUUAUGAAUCUUAACUAAAGGCAGCAAUUCCUGUUUGUUGUUGUUGUUGUUGUUAUGGUUGUUUCCUUACCUUACACUUUUGUCAGUCUACUACCCAUAUUUUCUUCAGUAACUUUGUUCUGUGAGGAACUAUUUAAACAUAUACCUCUGUUCUUUAGACUAUAUAGCAUAAUCUGGUCCCUUUUUAGCUGUCAAAAUUAAACAUUUUAAAUCCA